GUGAAAAAAAUCGCAAUCGCUAAAAAUAUAAAUAAGAAGUAUGGAAAAAAUAAUUGAAAUCGAAGAAAUGGCAAAAGGGGCAAUGACAGGAAAGGAAGUUUGGCAGACGCGAAAGAAAGCGGCCCGAUACAGUGCACAUUGUAAAUUUCUAGACAACGAAAUUAACAAAGACUAAUUAUUUUUCAAACCUUCAAAAGAUAGGUUAUUCGGAAUAAUUUUCAGAAAAAAUGUAAAUAAAAAAUAAAUAAAGUGAACCGGGCUAAAGUGAACCCUUCCAGAAGUGACCCAUUGGAAGGUUCACUUCUUCCAGAGUUUACUUUACUUAUUUAUUUAUUUUGUUUUCAAUAUAUUUUCUUCUUUAAUUUUUAUUUUGCAAAAACAACAACAACAUAGUGUGUUUGGGGCCGUUGGUGGCUUUCGCCACUUUACGAGCAACUUCCUUUUUUGGCCAACAAAAAAAAAAAAAAAAAAAAAACAGUCUGGCCAAGACCUAGACAGAGCGAGAUGGCAAAUGGCCAUGGAGAAAGAGGGAGAGAGAUAAUGUGGGGUCUGAUGGAGAAAGAGAGGUCCAGUUUUGAGGUCUCUCUGGCCCCUUGACCAAACAUCGAAAAUGUAAACAAAACGGCAGCAAACUCGUAUUUGUUUAUGACUUGGCCAGGAUAAAACCAAAAAAUGAUUUGCUACGACUUCUCUGCCAGACAUUCUCAAGUGUGACUCAAAAAACUGUUUUUCCGACUUCCCGACCCCCCUAAAAAACGCCAUGGAAACCCCUGAAAACCCCCCUCGAAGGCCCCCGGUGAAAGUUUCCCAAACUCGCAACUUAGAACUCUCUUCAUUUUCGGGUUUCUUUAUUUUUUGCUUGAUAAAUGAGUCGCUGGCGGAGCCCCCGGGGCGGUAAAUCAUCUCUGCUUGUGGCACUGACAAUUUCACAAAUUUAUAUAUUUGCCACAACACCGAAAUACACACACAUUCACACAAGUCCAGAGCCAAAAAAGUUUUCCACUUCGAGAACAAAUUUUGGACUCAAAUUUGACUCAAAAGCGGGCAAGUAGCUUAAAAAUUGGCCACAGAUCUGACCGCAAGUAGUCAGUUUUCGUUGACAAAUUAAGAAAUUGAUUGAAAGUUUCAGUAUUUAAUUUGAAUUUAUUGGAAUUACUGAUAAUAAAAUUGAAUUAAUGGAAAGAUUUCUGGAAAUGAAUUUCUGGAUUAAUGGAAAGAUGUCUGGAAACCACAAGUGUUUUUCAAAAAGUUAUUAACUUACUACAAGUGGAAUAAAAUUAAUUAUUUAAUUAAAUUAAUUGUGGAAAAGAAUUUUUAAUUAUGAAAUAGGCAAACAAUAAACAAAACUAUGGAUAAUAUAUUUGGGUUUUCAACGUUUAUCAAUUAAAAUUAAAAAGUAAAUAAGCUUCCCUUUGGUUGCAAAAAUGCUUGUUCUACAAACGUUUAAAAAUCUAUAAAUUAAAAUUGGUAAAAUUAAAUUGCUAGCACCCCCCUCUUUUCGAACACCCCCCUCCCAUCGAUUGUUCUCCUUCUCGGGUCUCCGAUUUUUUCUCGGCUUUUCGCUGACUCCCCAGAAACACACACACAUCGAAUGGCAAUCUGGAAUAUGCCCGGUAUAUCCAAUUGCAUGCCACAUAUGCAGAUGUAAUGGGAGAGUCGGCCCACUCAACCCCUAGAGGCCCCCCCCUUCCCGUACCCAUUGGAAACCGACGCCCCUGCCAACUGUACCGAUGAUCUGCUUGCCUCAUUGCCGGUUAGAAAGCCAAUGGAACGAGUUUCGUUGAGUGUGCAACUAAUUUUCUAAAUGGUUGUCGCUGCUGAUCGUUGAGCGUGGCAAAAAAAAAAUAUAUAUAAAAAAAAAAAAUACAACAACAACACACACACUAUUUAUAUGGCCAACGGCGCACAAAGGAAAACUGUCGCUGGAAUUGGUCAUCAAAUUCGUAGGGUUUUGAAAUUAGAAAAGGUUUAUCAUAUAUUAACUUGUAUUUUCAAAUAUUGAAAUUGGUAUUAAAUAAUUUUAAAAACAAAUUUCGAAAGGUAGAUUUGAUGAGUAAAAGGUAUCAUUAAUAUGGGGGAUGUAUGGGGUUUAGGAAAUAAUAUAUUGUUAACAGAAGUUGUAUAAGGCAUACGGGGUUUUUGUAUUCUAAAAUAUCUGCAAAAUAUUUGGAAAAUAUAAUUCUUAACAUUAGAAUACUAAGUUAUUUAGAAAAGUUAAAUGUGUUUUUGAAUUAACAAUGUUUCUUCUAAUUAGAUAAAUCUUAAAAAUAGGUAGUUAUUAGUUUAAAAUAUUUUAUUUAAAAAGAUUUGGAUUGAUCUUGAGAAUAAUAAAAUGACUUUCUUCUUUCCCUUAAUACUCCUGAAGAUUUAAUCAUAACUUUCGCAAAGUUCUCGUUCCCAUUGGAACAUUUUGGGCCUUGGGCAAAGAUUUAAUAUGAUAAUAUAGUAAAAUCGAGCCAACAUCCAGUUUGUGGGUGAUAUUCCCCAGAUUGUAUGGCAUUAAUGCCACCCAUUCAUCAUUGCAAAGAUCGGUCUGCCAGUUGGGAAGAUUGAUUGAUUGAAUUUUAAUCAAAUCUUCGGAAUCCGAUUCUUUUCUUUUCAUUUGUCCGGAUUUUCUACUUCUUUUUGGAGUGCGUCGUCAUCGUAAAUGGUAGAAGAGCUACCAGAACCCAUCGAAAAAGAAGAAUCAGCUGAAGAAGAUUGAACGGAUGGGAGACUUAGAGAGAAAGAGAGAGCAGGCAAGUUAAUGGAUUAGGAAGCGAGCACAAAAGGCAGUCGAGAAUCGAAUCGUUCUCCCUCCCACUAGCUCUUCGCCCUCUUCUAUUGGAGAGUUAGAGAGUUAUCGGGAGAGAACGAGAGGGCGAUAUAGAUAGAUAGAGAGAGAGAGUGGUAACUGAGCGGAAUUUGAUGGCCAAAGGAAAGGUGAAAAGAGGCACAAGUUGGCUUAGAUGAUGAUGAUGACGUGUGCAUAAGUGUGUAUGAGCGCGAUACCUGUUUGUCCACACACACACACACAUACACACACCUGUGUGGAAUAACUAAACAGCGACCCGAUUUCCAGGGCAAAAAGAGAGGGUGAUAGAGCGAGAGAGCAUGAGAGAGAUGAAACAACCAGCGGAUCAGAAAAUAACAGAGCCCAAGAAUCUUAGCCAUGCUCGUGUAGAUUAUUACAAAUCUUGAACAAUCUCUAAGGAAAAAAAAUCUAGAAUAAAUCUGGAAGAAAUCCUGAAGACCUUUUUUCUAAAUCCUUAAAUGUUUUUAUAAAGUGUUAUAAUGCAAAUAGCAGUAAUUUCUUUAACUUUAUUUUUUAAAAAUAGAUUUAAAUAUAUGGUAAUUUGCUUAUUAUCAAAAUAACUUAGCUUUAGUUCAAUGUUAAUAAGUAAUUUGAUUUAUUCUUGUAAAUUCCUUGUAAUAUUUUUUUGUAGUCAAAUGAUUUGAUUAUUUGUUAUCAAAUGUAUAAUUAAUCAAGAUCAUAGGUUAGAACAAGAAAAAUCUUCUUAAAUCGUCUUACUUGUUUAGAGUAUUAAUUAACAAUUAUACAAAUACAUACAACGUGUAGUUUUCUUUUAGUAUUUGUAAAGUGUGUUAAUGCUAAAAUACAAUUUUCUUUCGCACCAAAAGAGUGCUAUUCUUGGCCUCGCAACCGAACCAAUUUAAAUAUAAAAAAAAAAAAAGGUCUCUGUCUCUUGGCCAAAGCUGAAAUGUGUGCUGGCCGACUAAGCCAAUUAUUUGUGGUAUAUGUUUUAUACUAUAUAGGCCGAAAAUCGGUAUGCAAAACCAACAACAACAAAGGCAAGUGGUCUCGUGGAGACAAAAAUAUGUAAAACUGUUCUCAUUAAGUUCUCAGCAGAUCAUAAUGAUGUUUCGGUCUCUCCCUCUCCCGCUCUCCAUGGUACUUGUAUGAAAUAAGAUUUUUUUUUGUGGGAUUUGCCGGUUGCCACACCUGAAAUUCAACUGUUGCGCUCUCGCUCGCGCCGAGCGGCCGAAACGAAAGACUUAAACAACAUACGUGUCGUGCUCAAAGAGCGGGAGAACGCGCUCUGCUGACGUCGGCUCUUUUCUGCUCUCGCUCUCCCUCUUCAUUCGCUCUCCUUCUUCGUCGCUCUCUGAUUAUUGCCUUGUUCUUUUCACUUGUUUCCAGGCGCGCCGUUGCAGUUCGUAAAAACACGGCUCCGCCAGCGAAUUAAACAAAAACCACCGCCAAAUUGUUUAAUAAGAGAAUCUCAUUUAAUCAAGCAAGAAUAUACACCGAAAUUGCGUAAUCAAUUAGUCUUAUUCUUUUUUUUAUUCAAGUGCCGCCAAAAAUCUAGUGUGAUUUUUUCGUUUUUCUUUUCGUGCUGUUCGUAUGCCCUUUUGCCUGUUUCGGUUUCUGUUUUGAUUAUGGGUUUCCUCUAUUUUACUUAUGUACCUGUUACACACAAACACGCAAAAUAAUAUAAAUUGAAAGCAAUUGCAAAAGAAUCAAAAAUAAACAAAUAAAAGGAACAAACGUGCGAGGACACUAUUUUGCCUCUCUCUCGUUGCCGCUCGCGGGCUCUCUUCCUCUCUCGCUGUCUGGAUUACGCUCAUUAUUCGCCAAUAUCAGGGCUGCAGUGGAAACUCCACAGGACAUGCAAUUUCCCUAUCAAACGAGGGAGCUAGCAACAAUCAGCAGGCUGCCAUCUCCCUUGCACCAUAUUAAUUUUUAUUUUUCAAGUGUCUGAAAAUACAACGAAAAAAAAAGGAAAUACAUGAAAAAAUACAGAAAAUAAUACAAAAAAAAAAAAAAAAAAAAGAAAAUCGCGGGCAAAGGAGAAAAGUUUAAAGACGCCGAAGGCAAAAGUUCACAUAAAGCAGCCGAAAAAAGUUUUUCAAUUAUUGUAAAAAGUGUUAAAAAGAUAGGGACAGACCGUGCAAGAAAGAGCGAGAGAGGGAGCGAAAGAGAUGGUUAUAUUCCAAGCAUAAGCAAAAAAAAAAAUUACAAAAGUUCGAGCAAACGGAAUUUUUAAAUUUAAUUAAUUGCUCUUUGAAGUGCCUACGGCCACGCCUACGAUUUAUUAAAAAAUUAAACGCGUUAAUUUUUCGCUUAUUUCAUUAAAGCAGCCGCCGCCGUCCGCCGACACAAAAUAUAUAUAUAUAAAUAAGGAGAUAUAAAAAGAAAUCGCAGUGUUUUUUUUUUUUUUGGGUUCGCCACCCUUCAAAACCAAGGACUCCAUAAACCAGAAACCCACAAAAAAUAUCAAAAAAACAAAACAAACAACAAGAAACAUAGGCCGGUCAUAAGGAGCGGAGGACGAGCCGCCAACGAACCAGGAUGAAUCCGACGCCCGUGGGCAUUGGAUUCGGAUUUGGUCGCAAGCCGCCCAACAAGGCCAAAAUGCGUUCCCGCUGGCGACCGCCGCCGCUUCCGCUGAGCCCUGUCGAGGAUGAGCAUACAGCGGACAAGCCAGAAUACCACUUGGAUCCCCUGGAGGAGCAGCAGCACCUGGAGUCCUCCUGCUCGUCAAUAAAUGCCACAGUGAGCCGCCGCCCUACGCAACAUAAUCAACAUCAUCAUCAGCCUAAGCAUCAACGCCACCACCACCAGCAUCCACAGCAGCAGCACUCACAGCACACUGGACGCGGCCAGGUGACAACCCUGGCGCUGCUGCUGCUGGCCCUAGUGGCCCUAAGCAACCUGGAAACCCUGCUCGCCGUGCGAACCGAAGGACCGCGCAAUCGUCAUGGAUCACCAGGUGGCAGCUUGGGCAGCACGAGCGGCAGCGGCAUCAACACCGAGUGUCCAACGGACUCGUUUCGCUGCAACAACGGCAAGUGCAUCUCGCACCACUGGGUCUGCAAUUACCAGAAGGACUGCGACGACGGCGAGGAUGAGAUGCAGUCAUGUCCCCCACCGGAAUGCGAGACACCUCAGCUGAAUUGCGGGCAGUAUGUGUUCAACAAGACGUACUGCAUCCCUCCGCAUUAUCGCUGCGAUAUGAUCGACGACUGUGAGGAUAAAUCGGACGAGGCGCAGUGCACCUAUCGAAAGUGCCAGCACACGGACGUCUUCUGCAAUGCCCCCAAUGGAGCUGCUCCAGCGGAGGGCGCCCGGCUGGUGGGACCCUGUGUGCCCAAGGAGAAGCGCUGCGAUGGCUACCUGGAUUGCCGUACUGGACGGGACGAGGAUGGCUGCACCGGCGUGUCCUGUCGCCUGGACCAGUUCCGGUGUGCCAAUGGGCACAAGUGCAUAGAUGCCGCCCUCAAGUGCAACCAUCGGGACGAUUGUGGUGACAAUUCCGAUGAGCAGGGUUGCAAUUUUCCACCCUGCCACCAUGCCCAGUUCCGUUGCUCGAAUGCCUUGUGCAUCCCCUACAACUUCCACUGCGACGGCUACCACGACUGUGCGGACAAGAGUGACGAGGCCAACUGCACGGCCAUUGCCUGUCCGGACAACAAGUUCCUUUGUCCUCGGGGCGGGGCCAGUGGCACGCCCAAAUGCAUCCUCAAGUCGCAGCUGUGCGAUGGAAAGCGUGACUGUGAAGAUGGCAGCGAUGAGGAGACCAAUUGCUCCAUUGCCUCGUGUCCCGCUUUGAGCUGCGAGUUCAAAUGCCGACCCUCCCUCACCGGCGGCGUCUGUUACUGCAAACCGGGUCAGUCCUUGGCCCCCGACAACAGGACCUGCGUGGACCUGGACGAGUGCGCCGAGUGGGGACACUGUGACCAGCUGUGCACCAACACCCUGGGCUCCUACACUUGCCAAUGUGCCCAGGGCUACUCGCUGAUCAAUGACUCCAAGUGCAUAGCCCCAGAUGCCAAUAACUUGCAACUGAUCUUUGCCCACGACCGAGCCAUCAUGAGGAUGCUCUCCCAUGGCACCGACACCAAGAUCCUGGCCAAUGCCACGGCAGCGGCAGGUGUUACCUUCCACUAUGCCAGGAACACGCUCUACUGGUCGGACAUCAAGACGAGAAAGGUGCAGAGUCUGCCCCUGGACCCGCAAAACAAGGCAGUGUCGCCGUUCGAUCAGACCCUGCCCGGGACCUGGGCACCCGUGGCCUUGGCCGUGGACUGGGUGGGUGAUAAGAUCUAUGUGGCGGAUUUGGUGGGUCAGAAGAUCGAUGUGUUCGAGCUGAGUGGCCAGUGGCAUGCCGUGGUUCUCGGCUCCAAUCUUACCUCACCCGCCGACCUGGCUCUGGAUCCCACAGCGGGCCUGAUGUUCGUGGCGGAUGGUGGCCAGGUGCUGAGGGCACAUAUGGAUGGCACACAUGCCAGAUCCAUUGUCUCGGAGGCGGCGUACAAGGCCAGCGGCGUGACGGUGGAUAUUAUUAGCAAGCGGGUCUUCUGGUGCGAUUCCCUGCUGGACUACAUCGAGUCGGUGGACUAUGAGGGGGCCCAUCGGGUGAUGGUGCUCCGGGGGCAGCAGGUGCCCAGUCCCUCGCGACUGGCCCUGUUCGAGAACAGGAUCUACUGGACGGAUGCCACCAAGCAGGGCAUCAUGUCGGUGGACAAGUUCGAGGGACCCAGCUCCAUUCAGGUGACGUACAAGGCCAAGGACAUCAGGGAGCCCAAGGGUAUCAUUGCCGUGCAUGCCCUCAGCCAGCCGAGGGUAUCGAAUCCCUGCGGUAACAACAACGGCGGCUGCAAUCACAUGUGCAUUGUGACGGCCGUGAAGGGUGCCCCCACUGGCCUGGGUUUCCGCUGUGCCUGCUCCACCGGCUACCAGCUGGAGACGGAUCUGAAGCUCUGCAAGCCCGUGGUGGAGUUCCUCAUGUACUCCCAGCAGCGAUUCAUCAAGGGCAAGGUCUUGGAGCCGGUGAUUGAGGGCUUCAGUGAUGCCAUCAUGCCGGUGGUCUCGCGACGAGCCAGGUUCGUGGGCCUGGACUUUGAUGCCCGCGACGAGUUCAUCUACUACUCGGAUGUCCUGCAGGAUGUGAUCUAUCGGGUGCACCGCAAUGGCACUGGCCGUGAGAUAGUCCUCGCCUCCCAGAACGAGGGCGUCGAGGGUCUGGCCGUUGACUGGGCCUCCAAGAAUCUGUACUAUAUUGACUCCCGCAAGGGCACCCUAAAUGUCCUGUCCACAAGGAAUGUGACCCAUCGACGGACGCUACUGAAGAACCUGAAGCGUCCGCGUGCCAUCGUGGUCCAUCCCAAUCGCGGUUUCAUCUUCUUCUCCGAGUGGGAUCGCCCGGCCAACAUAACGAGAGCCAAUACCGAUGGCAGCGGACUGCUGGUCUUCAAGAACGUGACCCUGGGCUGGCCCAAUGGCCUCUCCAUAGACUUCAAGGAGGAUCGCGUCUACUGGUGCGACGCCUUGUUGGAUCACGUGCAGCAUGCCAAUCUGGAUGGCACGGACAUCAAGACAGUCAACUCUCGCCUGGUAAGACACCCCUUCUCCAUUGUGAUCCACAACGACUGGAUGUACAUCACGGACUGGCGCUUGGAUGCCAUCAUAAGGCUGCACAAGCUCACCGGCGAGCAGGAGGAGAUGAUGGUCCGGGAGCCGCAGACCAACAGGCUGUACGGUGUCAAGGUCUACAGCCACGAGGUCCAGAGGAUAGCGGACACGCAGCCCUGUCACCGAAACAAUGGCGGCUGCCAGAAGAUCUGCUUUGCGGUGCCCAUCGGAGGCGGAGGAGCUCAGAACUCCAGCUCCGGUGAGAUGACCACACCCUCACCCUCAUUUGGACGCCUGCAGGCUCGCUGCUCUUGUCCCUAUGGCGAGCGUUUGGCCGAGGAUCAAGUGAGCUGUAUGCCCGAUCCCGGGGCCGAACCACCGGUACAGCCCUGCCCCAACUCCUGGGACUUUACCUGCAACAACCAGCGAUGCAUACCCAAGUCGUGGGUCUGCGAUGGGGACGACGAUUGCCUGGACAACAGCGACGAGGAGCAGAACUGCACAAAACCCACCUGCGGAGCCAACGAAUUCCAGUGCCGUUCCGGCCGCUGCAUUCCCCAGAACUUCCGCUGCGACCAGGAGAACGACUGCGGCGACAACUCCGAUGAGCAGGAGUGCGGCAACGUGACCUGCGGCACCUCCCAGUUCGCCUGCGCCAACGGGCGAUGCAUACCCAACAUGUGGAAGUGCGACAGCGAGAACGAUUGCGGCGACGGCAGUGACGAGGGUGACUUUUGUGCGGAGAAGACCUGUGCCUACUUCCAGUUUACGUGUCCCCGGACGGGCCACUGCAUCCCCCAGAGCUGGGUGUGCGACGGCGACGACGAUUGCUUCGACAAGCAGGACGAGAAGGACUGUCCGCCGAUCUCGUGUCUGGCGAAUCAGUUCAAGUGCGCCGACCUGAGGCAGUGCGUCGAGGAGUCGUAUAAGUGCGACGGGAUACCGGACUGCAACGACGGCUCCGACGAACUGGGCUGCCCCUCGAUGGGACCCAACCAGUGCAACCUGGAGAAGCACUUCCGCUGCAAGUCCACCGGCUUUUGCAUACCCAUUGCCUGGCACUGCGACGGCUCCAACGACUGCUCCGAUCACUCCGACGAGCAGGAAUGCGGCCAGAUCACCUGUGCCCAGAACUUCUUCAAGUGCAACAACACCAACUGCGUGUUCAAGGCCUAUAUCUGCGACGGCAAGGACGAUUGUGGCGACAACUCGGACGAGGGUGCCGAGCAUGCUUGUGUUCCGCCGCCCUUCAAGUGUCCGCACGGCCAGUGGCAGUGUCCCGGCGUCUCCGAGCGGUGUGUGAACAUCACCUCCGUCUGCGACGAUACGCCCGAUUGUCCCAAUGGCUCCGACGAGGGCGAGGGCUGCGACCUGGCCGAGUGCGAGCACCAGGCGGGUCAGUGCUCCAGCUUCUGCCAGAAGACGCCUAAUGGGGCGCUGUGCGUCUGCCCGCCGGGCUCGGAGAUCGGCGAGGACGGAUUCACCUGCAUCGAUACGAACGAGUGCGAUCCACCGGGACUCUGCUCGCAGCAGUGCACCAAUACCAAGGGCUCCUACUUCUGCUCCUGCACGGAUGGCUACAUCCUGGAGCCGAACAAGCACACCUGCAAGGCUGUCAAUCACACGGCCGCCUUCCUGAUCAUCUCCAAUCGCCACUCGAUCCUGGUGGCCGACCUCAAGGAGCAGGGCCUGGAGCGGGUGCCCAUCAUUGUGGAGAACGUGGUGGCCACCGCCUCGAAUAUGCACACGGGCACCAUUUUCUGGAGCGACAUGAAGCUGAAGAAGAUCUCACGCCUGGACAGGGGCAUGGAGCCGCAGGAGAUCAUCAACACGGGCCUGGAUCUGGUCGAGGGACUGGCCUACGACUGGAUAGCACAGAAUCUCUACUGGCUGGACAGCAAGCUGAACACCAUCGAGGUGUCGGCGGAGAACGGCUCGAAUCGGUUGGUCCUGGUCAGGGAGAACAUCACCCAGCCGCGGGGCAUGUGCAUCGACCCGAGCCCCGGGGCCAGGUGGAUCUUCUGGACGGACUGGGGCGAGAAUCCGCGAGUGGAGCGCAUCGGCAUGGACGGCAGCAUGCGCAAGACGAUCAUCAACACGAAGAUAUACUGGCCCAACGGCCUGACCCUGGACAUAGCCACCAAGAGGGUCUACUUUGCGGACUCCAAGCUGGACUUUAUUGAUUUUUGCUAUUACAACGGUACCGGCAGGCAGCAGGUCCUGGCCAGCAGCCAUUACCUGCUCCACCCACACUCGCUGUCCCUCUUUGAGGACACCCUCUACUGGACGGACCGGCAGCUGAAUCGCGUGCUGUCCGCCAACAAGUUCCGAGGCAAGAACCAGACCGUGGUCUCGCACCUGAUAAGCCAGCCGCUGUCCAUCCAUGUCCACCAUGCCUCCCUGCAGCCCAUGUCCCCGAAUCCCUGCGCCCAGGCCCACUGCCAGCACCUGUGCCUGCUGAGUCCCCAAGCCCCCGAGGGCUACUCCUGCAAGUGCAAGCCCGGCUUCAAGCUGCUGAGCGAGGGUCGCUGCAUCGAGGAGGAGAACCCCUUCCUGAUGGUGGUCAAGGGCACACAGAUUGUGGAUCUGCCGCUGAAUGGAGGGGAUGCCAGAGCCGGAGCCCUGGCCCCGGUGAUUGGUAUCGAGAGCAGCACUGGCCUGGACUUUGAUCGCAAGGGCGAGACCCUGUACUGGGUGCAGGGCAGGGAGGAUGACGACGAGAACUGCACCAUCUACACGACCCCCUAUGGCGGCGGCAACAAGACCCUCUUCCUGGGCAUCGACAACGGCAUGGUGGGUGCACCCUACACCAUUGCCUUCGACUGGCUGGGCAGGAAUCUGUACAUUGGCAACCGGGUGGCCAGCAACAUCGAGGCGGUGCGCGUGGACGGCAAGCAGAAGUACAGGGCCAUUAUCUUGGCCAACAAUGGGUAUGCCAACUCCGUGUCCCGGCCCAAGCAGAUCGUCCUGGACCCCACCGAUGGCAAGCUCUUCUGGAUCGACGAGGGCGUGCUGGAGGUGCCGGUGAAAAUCGGUCGCGUGGACAUGAACGGCAAGAAUCCCAUAGUGCUCCUCAAGGAGAUCUCCCACCCCGAGUCCCUGGUGGUGGACAUCGAGAAGAAGCUGCUGUACUACAGUGCCAGCAAUCCGGGUCUUAUCGGCGUCAUGGAUUACAAUGGGGAUGAGCGCACUACGAUCACCAUGAAGGACUCGCAUCCGAUGGCCAAGCCCAAGAGUCUGGGCAUCCUGGAUCACAGGCUCUACUAUCUGGAUCCCCUGUACGAGCGAAUCGUGCGGCUGGACCUGCCGCACGGCGACAACCCGAAGACGAUUGUGGACAACGAGGCUGACCUGCGCUCCAUGAUGAUCUACAAGAAGCGGGCCUCGAUGCAGCAUCCCUGCCAGACGAACAACGGCGGCUGCAAGCACCUCUGCCUGCCGGCCGAGGCUGCCACGAGAUCCUGUGCCUGCGGCAUUGGCUCCCGCAAGGAAAAUGAAGUCAAUUGUGUCUCCUACAAGACCUUCGCCGUGGUCUCCCAGCUGGACACGAUCCGUGGCUACAGUCUCAGCGACAGCACCGAGGCCAUGGUGCCCGUUAGCGGGCCAGGACACCACAUUCUGCACGUGGACGUGAUGUUCCGUGAGCAAUGGAUCUACUGGGCGGAGUACAAUCGAGGCUAUUGGAACGGCAUCUUCAGGUCGCGACCCAAUGGCACCGAUAUCCAGCACGUGGUCAAGGAUGGCAUCGGCAGCAACGGCAUCCGGGGACUAACCAUCGAUUGGGUGGCGGGCAACAUGUACUUCACCAACGUCUAUCCGCACGAGAACUACGUGGAGGUCUGCUGGAUGGAUGGCAGCAACAGGAAAGUUUUGGUGAAGACCACCACCGAUGCACCGCGCGAGCUGGCCGUGGAUCCCAUCAAGAGGCUGCUCUACUGGAUCGACUACGGGCAGCAUCCGAGGAUUGGCAAGGCCCUGCUCGAUGGCAGCAAGUGGACCCCGCUGGUCACCUCGGGCAUUUCGAUGCCCAAGGAUCUCACCAUUGACAUGCAGACCCACGACAUCUUCUGGGUCGACUCCAAGCUGGACACCAUCCAGAAGAUCUCGUACAAUGGGCUCAAUCGCAAGGUCAUCCGUCGGGAUCUGCCCAAUCCCAUGGGCAUUGCCAUCUAUCUGAACGAUGUCUACUGGGUGGACAGGAACCUGAUGACGGUCUUUAAGGCCUCCAAGCUGAAUGCCAACGAGUCGGCGGUGCGUGUGAGGACGAACCUGGAGAAGCUGCGCGACAUUGCCAUCUACAACAUCAACAAUCAGCCACAGGACGAUGCCAAUCCCUGUGCCCAUCUCGGCAACGGUGGCUGUGACCAGCUGUGCUUCAGCUUCCCGCCGGAGGGCGGGGCCACCGGUCCCUCGGGCAGGAGCUUCCGCUGUGACUGCGCCACCGGAAAGCUGAGCGCCGACGAACGGAAGUGCGAGACGGUGAACGAGUAUCUGGUGUUUGCCACCAGAACCGAGAUCCGGGCUGUUAACCUCGAUCCCCACUCCACGGAGGUGCCCUUCACGCCGCUCACGAACCUCACGAAUGUCGUGGGCCUGGACUUUGACUUUGCCGACAACCGGAUGCUGUACACCCAGAUCCGUCCCUGGGCCAAGAUCGCCUACACGAAGGCCAACAAGCCCAGCCACGACGACAUCAACGUGGUGCUCAACAAGGGGAUCAAUCCCGAGGGCAUUGCCUACGACUGGACCCAGCGGAAGAUCUACUGGACGGACAGCUCGAACAACUCGAUCUACGCGAUGAAUCUCGACGGCAGUGAGCUGGUAAUGAUUGCCCGCGUGGAGCGGCCGCGUGCCAUUGUCCUCGAUCCCUGCAACGGCACCCUGUUCUUCACGGAUUGGGGUAGAUUCGGUACCUCGGGUAAGAUAUUCCGCACCACCAUGGCCGGCUCCCAGAAGCGGGCCAUUGUGGACAAGGAUCUGUCGCAGCCCAGUGGCCUGGCCAUUGACUAUGACGAGCGACGCCUGUACUGGACGGACGCGGUGCGGGAGAAGAUCGAGCGUUCCGACUUGGAUGGCCAGAACAGGGAGCUUCUGGUGGCAGCCACCAUAUAUCCCUUUGCCAUAACCGUGUUCCGGAACUACAUCUACUGGACGGAUCUCCAGCUGCGCGGCGUUUAUCGGGCCGAGAAGCACACGGGCGCCAAUAUGGUGGAGAUGGUCAAGCGGCUGGAGGACUCGCCGCGCGACAUUCGCAUCUACAGUGCCGAUCGGCAGAAGUGCAAUGUGAAUCCCUGCCGGAUCAACAACGGUGGCUGCGCCCAGAGCUGUCACCCGGCGCCCAAUGGCAAGGCGGAGUGCAAAUGCGAUGACAACACCAAGGUGGUGAACGAGGGCAGGAUGUGCGCCCCAAGGAACAACACCUGCGAGGCCAGCAAGUUCUACUGCAAGAACGGCAGAUGCAUCUCGAGGAUGUGGUCCUGCGACGGCGACGACGACUGCGGCGACAAUUCGGACGAGGACGCCAACUACUGUGCCUAUCACUCCUGCUCCCCGAACGAAUUCCGCUGCAAUAACGGACGCUGCAUCUUCAAGUCCUGGAAGUGCGACCACGAGAAUGACUGCAAGGAUGGCUCCGACGAGCUGGGCUGCACCUAUCCGCCCUGCGUGGACGGUGAGUUUACCUGCGGCAACGGGCGCUGCAUACCGCAGGCUCAGGUCUGCAACGGCGUCAACGAUUGCAAGGACAAUGCCACCUCGGACGAGACCCAUGAGCGGUGCCCCAUGAACACCACCUGUCCGGCGAAUCACCUCAAGUGCGAGAAGACCAACAUCUGUGUGGAGCCCUACUGGCUCUGCGACGGCGACAACGAUUGUGGCGACAACUCGGACGAGGAUCCGCUGCACUGCGGCCAGAGGACCUGCCCCACCAACAGCUUCCGCUGCCCGAAUCAUCGCUGCAUCCCGGCCACCUGGUACUGCGACGGCGACGAUGACUGCGGCGAUGGAGCGGACGAGCCGCCAGAUUACUGCAAGUCCGAGGGUCGCACCUGCUUUGGGGAUCUGUUCACCUGCGACAAUGGCAACUGCAUUCCCAGGAUCUACAUCUGUGACGGGGACAACGAUUGCCUGGACAACAGUGACGAGGACAACAGGCACCAGUGCAACGAUCGCAAGUGCGACGAGGAGACCGAGUUCACGUGCGUGGAAAACAAGUCCUGGCAACGUGCCCAGUGCAUACCCAAGAAGUGGAUCUGCGACGGCGAUCCGGAUUGCGUGGAUGGAGCCGAUGAGAACACCACCCUGCACAACUGUGCCACCCAGCAGCCGUGCGGCGAGGACAUGUUCACCUGCGGCAACGGGCGAUGCAUCAAUAAGGGCUGGAUCUGUGACCAUGACAACGACUGCGGCGAUGGCACCGACGAGGGCAAGUUCUGCAACUCCAAGUACAAGACCUGCUCGCCGCAGGAGUUCACCUGCCAGAACUUCAAGUGCAUCCGCAAUCAGUCGCGCUGCGAUGGCGAGGACGACUGCGGCGAUCACUCGGACGAGGUGGGCUGCGUCAAGGAUAAUGUGACCUGUCCGCAGGGUCAGUUUGCCUGCACCAAUGGCCAGUGCAUUGACUACAGCCUCGUGUGCAACAAGUAUCCGGACUGCGCGGAUGAAUCCGAUGAGCCGGCCCACUGCAAUGUGGAUGAGUGCGCCAAGGUGGAGAUCAAUCAGUGCGGCCACAAGUGCGUGGACACCCUGACGAGCUACUACUGUGACUGCAAUGAAGGAUACAAACUCCUGGCCGAUGGCAAGGCUUGUGCGGAUGUGGACGAGUGCCUGGAGCAGCCUGGCGCCUGCUCCCAACACUGCUCCAACACGCCCGGCGGCUUCUACUGCAAGUGCGAUGAGACCUACUACGAGCGGCAGAACGACGAGCACACGUGCAAGCGCAAGGACAACAUCCCGCCGUGGCUGAUAUUCACCAACAAGUACUAUGUGCGCAACAUGUCGGUGGACGGACACCAGUACAACCUGAUGCACCAGGACCUCAUGAACGUGGUGGCCCUGGACUUUGACAUACGCGAGGAGUACAUGUACUUCUGCGACGUCACGGCCAAGACCAUCUUCAGGGCCAAGUACGGAGAGCCGGACGACGAGACCCCGCCGGAGAGGGAGGCGGUCAUUAGGCACGAUUCCCAUGGCCUGGAGGGCAUUGCCAUCGACUGGGUGGGACGCAAGCUCUACUGGCUGGACAGGCACUCCAAGAACCUGGACGUCUCCGAGCUGGAUGGCACCAAGCGCAAGACCCUGAGGAGCGGCGUUGUGGAUCCCCGUGCCAUAGUCGUUCACCCGGGCAUUGGCUACCUGUACUUCACCUCCUGGCACCUGCAGGCGUACAUUGCCAAGAUGGGCAUGGAUGGCUCCAACUUCACCAGGAUCCUCAACUGGAACGACGACAUUGCCUGGCCCAAUGCCUUGUCGAUUGACUACUUCACGGAUCGCAUUUACUGGGCCGACGCCCACUUGGACUACAUAGCCUACGCGGAUCUGGAGGGCAGGCACCGGCACAUCGUGCUGUCCGGCAGCAAGGUGCCGCACGUGUUCGCCCUCAGCCUGUUCGACGACUACAUCUACUGGAGCGACUGGAACCUGAAGGCCAUUGUGCGGGCCAACAAGUUCCAUGGCGCCAACUACACCGUCCUGAGGAACACCACCCACCGACCCUAUGACCUGCACAUCAAUCACCCGCUGCGGCAGCUGCCGUACACGAAUCCCUGCGGCAAGAACAACGGCGGCUGCUCCCAUCUCUGCCUGAUAGCUCCGCCGCCGGAGUCCACCUACCUGAACAUCGAGGGCUACAUCGAGGAGGGGGCGCCCAUCUACAAGUGCGCCUGCCCCAAUCAGUUCUAUCUGGCCAGGGACAUGAAGACCUGCGUGGCCAACUGCACGGCUGGCCAGCACUUGUGCGGCGGCCGGGACGAGAAGUGCAUACCUUGGUUCUGGAAGUGCGAUGGCGAAAAGGACUGCAAGGACGGUAGCGAUGAGCCGGCCACCUGUGCCCCGCGACACUGCCGUGCCGGAACCUUCCAGUGCAAGAAUACCAACUGCACGCCCUCGGCCACGAUCUGCGACGGUGUCGACGACUGCGGCGAUCGCAGCGACGAGCAAAACUGCGACCUGCCCUGUCCCCUGUCCGACUUCAAGUGCAAGUCCAGCGGUCGCUGCAUCCUGGACAGCUGGCGAUGCGAUGGCGAUGCUGACUGCAAGGAUGGCAGCGACGAAGACCCUGCCGUUUGCUUCAAGCGAACCUGCGACCCCAAGACCGAGUUCGCCUGCAAGAACGGACGCUGCAUUCCGCAGCUGUGGAUGUGCGACUUUGACAACGACUGCGGCGACGAUUCCGAUGAGCCGGCGUACAUGUGCCGGCAGAGAAACUGCACCACCGGCUGGCAGCGCUGUCCCGGUCAGUCCAACUACAGGUGCAUACCCAAGUGGCUGUUCUGCGACGGCAAGGAUGACUGCCGGGACAACAGCGACGAGCUGCCGGAGAACUGUCCCAAGUGCAAUCCCGAAACGGACUUUAAGUGCGGCAACAACCGAUGCAUACCCAAGCAAUGGAUGUGCGACUUUGCGGAUGAUUGUGGCGAUGCCAGCGACGAGAACGAGGCUGUGUGCAAGGGUCGCUACCGCGACUGCUCGGAGUCCGAGUUCCGGUGCGGCAACGGCAAGUGCAUCUCCUCCCGCUGGCAGUGCGACCACGAGGACGACUGCGGGGACAACUCCGACGAGAUGCACUGCGAGGGCUAUCAGUGCAAGAAUGGCACCUUCCAGUGCGCCUCCGGGCACUGCAUUGCCUCCUACUUCCGCUGCGACGGCGACCGAGACUGCCGCGACAUGUCCGACGAGGUCGGCUGUCCGCCGCGCUUCCCAGGCGGCCGCUAUUGCCCCGAGUCGCGUUUCCAGUGCCACAACAACCUGUGCGUUUCCCUGUCCGAUCUGUGCGACGGCACCGACGACUGCGGCGACGGCAGCGACGAGGAUCCCAGCGUCUGCAGCGACUUUAAUUGUGACACUUUGAGACGCUUCCAAUGCUCCAACCACCGCUGCGUGGCCCGAUACCAGAUCUGCGACGGGGUGGACAACUGCGGCGACGGCAGCGACGAGAACAACAUGACCCUGUGCGCCAGCAAGCAGAAGCCCUGCGACCUCUACACCCAGUACCAGUGCGCCAACAAGCACUGCAUCGAGCGCUCCCAGGUGUGCGACUAUGCGGACGACUGCGGCGACGGCAGCGACGAGCUGGGCUGCCACCACACCAGCAGCUGCUCGGAGCAGACGCGCGGCGGCUGCCAGCACCAUUGCCACAACCUCACCGACGGCGGCUACAUCUGCACCUGCUACCCGGGCUACAUCAUAGCGGCGGACAACAAGAAGAAGUGCUCCGACGUGGACGAGUGCCUCACGCGACAGCACACCUGCUCGCAUCAGUGCCACAACCUGAACGGUACCUAUUCGUGCAGCUGCCGGGAGGGAUUCCACCUGACCGACGGCGCCAGCGGUGUGUGCCGCGCCGAGAAGGAGGAUGUCAUUCUUGUGUUCGCCAACGGGCAGGAGAUCCGGGGCCUGGACCUUCAAAAGCGCGAGGAGUUCGAGGUGAUUGCCGCCGAGAAGAGGAUCGAGGCCCUGGACUACGAUGCCCAGCAGCAGAUCGUCUUCUGGGCGGACAGCUACGACAAGACCAUCAAGCGCUCGUACAUGGUCAAUGCCAUCGAUGGCCGGGCCAAGAUCGGCUUUGCCCAGGACCUGAACAUGAAGGGCGGCUCCAAGCCCACGGCCGUUGCCGUCGACUGGCUGGCCUCGAAUCUCUACUGGACGGAGAUGGACAGGACGGGCUCCAAGCCGCGCGGUCGCGUGAUGGUGGCCAAGACCGACGGCAGGUACCGUCGGUCUAUAGUCAACGCCGGCCUGGAGGUGCCCACCUCGAUAGCCGUGAAUCCGCAGCUGGGCAGGAUCUACUGGUCCGAUGCCGGCUCCGCGCCCAAGAUCGAGGUCUCCUGGAUGGAUGGCUCGAAGCGCAGGCCCCUGAUCACCGAACAGAUCCGCCAUCCGGCGGGUCUGACCAUCGACUACUCGCAAGAUCACAUCAUCUACUGGGUGGACACCAAACUGAAUGCCAUCGAGUCGAUGCGAGCGGACGGGUCCCGGCGCAAGGCCAUCGUCAAGGGCGACCAGCUGCGGCAUCCCGUCUCCCUGGACCUGUUCGAGUCGAACAUGUUCUGGAUGACCCGCGACACCGGGGAGCUGGUGCGCCAGGACAAGUUCGGGCGCGGAGUGCAGGUGGUGCUGCAUCGCAACCUCGUCAAUCCGUCCGGCCUGAAGGUGUACCACGACAAGCGGUACAAUACCUCGCUGCCCAAUCCCUGCGACAACUCCACCUGCUCCCACCUGUGCCUCCUCGUCCCCGGCGGCCAUCGUUGCGCCUGUCCCGAUGCCUCUGGACCGCCGCCCUCGCACCGCAGUACCGCUGAGGUUAUCUGCAAUGCCGCCGCCGAGCAUCCGCGUCCGGCGCCAAGGAUCUGUCCCUGCCAGAACGGUGGCCUCUGCAAGGAGGACGCCCAGGGCGAGCUCAUCUGCGACUGCAUGUCCGAGUUCCGCGGCGAGCACUGCGAGACGAGCACCACCGGGGCCUUUGGCCACGGCGGAGCGAAUGUCACCGCCGUGGUGGUGCCCAUCAUGGUCAUCCUGCUGGUAAUGAUGGCCGCCGCCGGGGCGUGGUACGUCAUCCGCAAGCGACCAUUCGGCAAACUGGCUCGCAUGCCGGCCAUGACCUCCUCGCAGAGCGUCACCUUCCGCCAUGGCUCGAAUGUGGAGUUCAGCGAGAGCGGCUUCCCAGGAGCCUCUGCCCCAGGCGCAGGCGAUGUGGCGCCCAUUGAGGGCUACAACCUGCAGACGGUGAACGCGAACAAGGCGCGCGACUUUGCCAAUCCCAUGUACGAUGCCGUUCAGUCGGGCACCACCGCUGAUCCGGGCAUGGGCAAUGGUUCGGGCAUCUAUGAUGUUCCGGGUGAACCCUCCGCCAAGGGAAAGGCCAUGGGCCACCAUGCCAGCGGUUCCUUCACGGAGCCCGCCUCGGCCAUCAUUGCACCCAGCAGCAUUACGCACAAGGCGUCGCCGCAGCUGCAGCUGCGCACCAGGGAGCUGGACCCCUCGGCGGACACCGGCAAGGACACACAGUUCCUGGUGGAGGAGGACAAGUCCGAGUGCUGAUAUCAAGCCCAUCACUCGGCUGCCGUUGCGGUGGCGGUUGCGGUGGCCAGCUGUCGCCGCCAGCUGUCGACCGCGGAGCCCAAGAACAGCUAUCCCCUGCAGACAUAACAAAGGAUAAUCAGGCAAAGGAAGGAGCCGCCGACGCAGACGGAGCCGGAGCAUCAUCACCAAGGACGCCCUAGUAGUAAACAUCACAAAUCCUGGCAGGCGGCCAAGGCCACCACCAAGGUCUAGGAGGAGGAGGAGGAGAAGGAGAAGAAAGAGGUCCUCGGGGGGAGGGGACGGCAAAUACACAUAUCCAAAAGAAAAAAAAAAAAAAAAAAAGAAACGAGAUGGGCGGCAGAACCAGCAGAAGAAGCGUUGCAAUUAUUAUUAAAUAAAAGUGAAAAAACAAAAACUAAAAGGUAAAACUAAAUAUAAAUGUACACAACACUAGGAGCAGGUUUAUCAGACUCCACACACACACACACACACACACACACACACACAGCCACUUUUGUAAAGCCAACUUUUUGUGAACUACUGUUUUUUCCCCUAUUUUUUUUCGAGUGUGUAAUGUUAUUUUGCGACAAAAACAAAACAAAAAGCUGAGAAAAAUUGUAAAAAGCAAAAACGAAACAAAAUUAAGGCAUAGAGUAUAUAUUUUUUUGAAAGCUAAAUGACAAUAUUAACUAUAUAUAAAUGUGUGUAAAUUGGAAACGAAAGGCAACAAGAGUAUAUAUGUAUAUGUGUGUAUAUGUAUAUGUAUAUGUAUAUGUAUACAAGGGCAACUAAGAAGGAGACACAUUCCAAGCUAGGAUUUCUAUAUAUAUAUUUUUCUAAAAAAUAAAACAAACAAGACAAAAAACACAAGAAGCGAGCUAACAUUUUAUAUUUACAACAAAUUAUAAUAAAUUAUAAAUGUGCAGCAACACUUUUGUGCUAAAAACCAGGAUCGAAUCGGAUCGAAAGGAAAUAAGCAUUCCCACACACACACACACACACACACACACACCUCUCUAUCGAUCUAUUUAUAUUAAUUAAUUUAAUUAUUUAUUCAACACACACACGCACACGCAGGCUAAUUUUAUUGAGAUUUUAAAAUUGCUUUUCCAUCCAGAAAAAUUACUAAUGAAAAUUUAAUAGAAGGAAAGCGUAGCUUUUCCUCUCUCCUGUCUCGUUCAUUGCAAUCUCCUUUUCAAAUACUUUUUAUCCUUUUUCGUACUGUGUGUGUAGUUGUUAAAAAAGAACGGAAAAGAAACGUGUUUUUUUUUUUUACACAUCAAUCUAUAUAUAAAUAUAUUUUAUUUUUUAAUUAUAUCAUUAUGAUUUCUAUAUAUAUAUAUGUAAACCUUUCUCGCCGAAAGUCGAGUCGAAAUGUGUGUGCAUUUUUUUACAUAAUUUUUUCGUUUUUUUGUGCAAAAAAAUCUGUGCUUCCCUCUUCAUUUAAGCGUGUGUUUUUAGCAUAAAUUUUAGUGAAAGAAAGAGAGAUGAGAGGAAGGAAGGAAGGAAACUAAAGCUGUAUUCGCCAAUCGGGCCAUAUACAACGCUAUAUAUGUGAAGUUAAUUGUAUAUUUAAUGUCAAGCUACAUAAUGGAUAACGAAUGAAGGAAGGAAACCACAACAUAUAAGAGUAAAACGCGAAUCGAAGUGACGGAGAAGAAGAGAAACUAUUUGUUGAAAGAAUAAAACUUUUUUUUAUUAUUAUUAUACAUAUAUACUGGGGGAAAAUUGUAAGAUGAUGAAAAACUAAAAACAUUCAUAAUAAAGAAAAAUCAUUACAAAAAAAAA